GUGAAUCCGGAAGUUGUGGACCAGAAAUCUGAUACAAACAACAAAGUAAGUUCCGGUUGGAGAAACACCUUCAGAUAAGGGAUGUUAGGGUAAUGUCAGGUACGUCUACGGAAACAUCUCGAACGUACGUGCUCAAUGCGAACUUCAGACAGGACUAUGCUUCAUUCGGCAACUGUUCUGUGUCAGACGGAGUGAGUUUGAAUGGUUAAGCACACUACCAGAUAGUUGAGAGCAGCUACUUUGUACUCUCACGAUGACAAGCACGACACCAACUAGCAACAUGACCAAGGUUGCAUUAGAUCAGAUCAAGAAAAACCUGGCCAAAAGAACAUUCAGUGUAAAAUUUGAUCUGCAGGACACAGAUUACAAACCUAUAGAGAACAUUGGCAUUGGAGCAUACGGUGUCGUUUGCUCAGCCACGCAUAAGAAAACUCAAGACCGAGUGGCCAUCAAGAAGAUCCCUCAUGUGUUUGAUGCACUGACAGUAACCAAGAGAACGUACCGAGAGAUCAAGAUCCUGAAACACUUCAACCAUGAUAACAUCAUCAACAUCCGGGAAAUCCUGAAGCCAAAGCAGGAACAUUUCCAGGAGAUCUAUGUAGUGUUUGACCUCAUGGAAAGUGACCUGCAUCGCAUCAUCUACACACAACAAGAACUGACCGAGGAACACAUCCGGUACUUUCUGUACCAGAUCCUGCGGGGGCUGAAGUACAUCCACUCUGCCAAUGUCAUUCAUCGAGAUCUCAAGCCCAGCAACCUCCUCGUCAAUGAAGACUGUCACGUCAGGAUUGGAGACUUUGGUAUGGCCCGAGGUAUCUUCCAGACCCCCGAUGAGCCGUGCUACUACAUGACCCAGUACGUGGCCACCCGAUGGUACCGGGCCCCAGAGAUCCUACUGUCCCUGGUGGAGUAUGGAACUGCUGUCGACAUGUGGUCCGUUGGAUGUAUCUUCGCAGAGAUGCUGGGCCGAAAACAUCUGUUUCCAGGGAAGGACUAUAUCUCCCAGAUCAAGUUGAUUGUGGGUGUGCUGGGCUCCCCUUCGGAGGCAGUCCUCAAGAAUUGCCAGAAUGACCACAUUAAGAGGAUCAUGAAAGCUCUGGGUCACAGACAGGCAGUGCCAUGGAAGACGCUGUUCCCCAAGGCCAGCAAGAAGGCCAUUGACCUGUUGAGCAAGAUGCUGACCAUCAACCCAGCGGAACGAGUCACUGUACAGAAAGCUCUGGAUCACCACUACCUCUCAAAGUACCAUGAUCCAGACGAUGAACCAAUUUGUGUGCCAACAUUUAACUUUGACUUUGAGAAAAAGGACAUGAGCAAGGAUGACUUGAAGGAGGUGAUAUACAAGGAGAUCAUGGACUUCCAUCAGCCAAAGACACCCACUCUCAGUUUCAAUGCUGUGCUCAGACCAGCCCCUAAACCAGAGUCCCCACAAGAGACAGAAGUUGUCAAAGGGGACUCUGAACAUCUGGAUGACCUUUUGAAGGCCCUGCAACAACAGCAGCAGCAACAUCAGCAGCAGCAGCAGACGAAAGCCGACAAACAUGGUGACAUGAAGGAGGCAGAAGGCACACACACAGUCAAACAGGAAGAUGAGGUGUUCAAGAAACCAGUUCAACAGAGAAGCUCCUUUGUUACUGUGGACACUAAUGCCCUGGUGCCCCCACACUCUGUGGAUAUAGAGAUGCUCAGUGCCAAGUCCACUGACGGAAAACAGGAGAUGGACAUGAUGCCUGUGAUCAAAGCUGAGGUCAAGGUGGAAGACGGUAAACAGCAGCCACAAACAAAACAGCAACAUGUAGAAAUCAAAACAAUCUCAUCGGACACUAAAGCCUUAGUAAAGCAGGCCCUGCUGAAUGCCAGCCAACGCAGACAGAGAACAGACUCCAACAGUGAGGACCCGGAGGGAAGGCGGGUCGUGACUGCUGCUCAGCGACAGAAGGAAAGAGAAGAUAGGAGGAAGAAGAAGAGAGAGAGAGCAAAUGAACGAGUCAGAAGACAGAAAGAGAAACAAAAUCAGAAUCUGCUGUCUAAUGAAGACAAGGAGCUUCUGAAGAGAUGGGCAGGGAUGCAGAAGAUAGCGCCAGCCCCUGUAGGUCAACUCGGAGGGUCCCAGGUGAAGAACCCCACGGUCACUCACAGCCUUGCUGUCAGUCUUCAGGGUAACAGCCUGACACUGACGCCUAUGACCCAGCCGCCUCAGCAGCCACCUCCCCUACAGACACUACAGGUGCAGGCUGCCUCGUCUGCCAACCAGGUACAGACUGGAGUACAAGCUGCAAUACAGCAGAUGCAGACUGUGCAGCUGCAAGGGGGGACAGGUUUCCACCCUGCAGAUACAAGGACCCCAGACUGUACAGAUGGUUCCCACUCUAGCAACAAGUACAGUGCCUUCCCAUCAGCCAGCAGUCAUCUCCAACACUGAUGGCAAGUCUCAUGUUGGAACACCAAGCCAUGGACAGAGUGGUGAGACUGUACAUCCAGUGAACACACAGUCAACACCUUCUCAGCAUGUCCACCAGACACUGCCUUCGGGCUCUAUUGCUCUACAGCAA